CUCUUACUUGGCUUUGAUUUUACGUUCCUUCUCCAAGAAUUCGGAAAAUCAUCGCCAAAUCUUGACUUAUACAUCAUGUCGCCAAGCACUCCUUUAAUAGUAGACUCAAGUUCAUUACAAAGCACCUCAAAUGUUCAAAGCUUUCAAAGUAAUUCAAAUGCCAUUGGCAAAACAGUCACAGCAAUCACAACUGGAUGGAUAGUCGGCAUCGUCUUCAUAGCUUUGGCUGUUAUAGUUGGCAUAAUCCUGCUCCUCUGGAUGUACAAUCGAAAUAGCAAGAGACGCCAGCAGAGAAUGGCCCGGCUCAACGCAGAGUCAGGACAUAACAGAAACCCGGUUCCCGGGAUACCCCCGCCACACGCUAUAUCAAGCUCAUCAACCUACGCACAACCUAGCGAAUUUGCGAGACCAUAUGCGCCGCCGAGAUAUGAAGUUCCAGACACGCCGAUGCCACCUCGCGAGGUUCCGAACAACGAAGCUCCGCGCAAAGCGUAUGAAUCCGAUUCAAUUCCACAAAGCGAGCUCCCUGUUUGAAAUUAAUAAUAAUUUAAAUAAAAGGGAAACUCAAGCUUUUAUAUUGGCCUCUUGUCAAAGGCUUGGUGUUCACAUCUAUCAUCAUUAUGUCUAUAGACUUAUGUAACUGUAUGCUGCAGCGUUACGCGGCUACAGUAUAAUUUAUAUGUAUUUACGAGAUACCCGG